AUGGCAGCUCGGAAGGAGCUGCCUUGUAACCAGUGUACAGGGACUACCACUACUCUUCAAAAACUUGAAGAUUUUGCUAGCCGAUUGUUUCAUAGACAGCCUAAAGGUGCAGCUCAUGAUGUGAAAACUACUCUGGAAAAUGAAAGCCUUCAUUUCUCUGAGUACACUGCUUUAUGGGACAGAUCAAUGAGAGACUUCCUGUCCAGGGCCAAGGAAGAUUUCUUGAGGAAAUGGGAAAAUCCCACCCAGAAUACUGCUGAACUGUCUGACUUUGAGAGAAAGAAAACCCUUGGAACUGGAUCAUUUGGACGAGUUAUGCUUGUGAAACACAAGGCUACCGAGCAGUAUUAUGCUAUGAAAAUCCUUGAUAAGCAGAAGGUUGUUAAGCUGAAGCAGAUUGAGCAUACCUUGAACGAGAAGAGGAUCCUGCAGGCUGUGAAUUUCCCUUUCCUGGUCAAGCUGGAAUACGCUUUCAAGGAUAAUUCCAACCUGUACAUGGUUAUGGAAUACGUGCCUGGUGGCGAGAUGUUUUCCCACCUGAGAAAGAUUGGCAGAUUCAGCGAGCCCCAUGCCCGCUUCUAUGCCUCCCAGAUUGUGCUGACUUUCGAAUACCUUCAUGCUCUUGACCUGGUCUACCGUGACCUGAAGCCCGAAAACCUUCUGAUUGACAAAUAUGGAUACAUCCUGGUCACUGACUUUGGAUUUGCCAAAAGGGUGAAGGGCCGAACCUGGACCCUUUGUGGAACUCCCGAAUACCUGGCCCCUGAGAUCAUCCUCAGCAAGGGAUACAACAAGGCCGUGGACUGGUGGGCCCUGGGAGUGCUGAUCUACGAGAUGACCGCUGGUUAUCCUCCCUUCUUUGCCGACCAGCCCAUCCAGAUCUACGAGAAGAUCAUCUCUGGAAAGGUCCGUUUCCCCUCCCACUUCAGCUCCGAGCUGAAGGACCUUCUGAGGAACCUGCUCCAGGUCGACCUGACCAAGCGCUACGGGAACCUGAAGAACGGUGUUGGCGACAUCAAGCACCACCGCUGGUUCUCCGCCAUUGACUGGAUUGCCAUUUUUCAGCGCAAAGUGGAGGCUCCCUUUGUUCCCCGCUACCGGGGUGCUGGCGAUACCAGCAACUUCGACGAUUACGAGGAAGAGGACAUCCGUGUUUCUCUUACUGAGAAGUGUGCAAAGGAAUUUGCUGAUUUUUAG